GCUUUCCUAAAGGGAUUUUCAUUUUAUUUAUUUUUUUUCAAAAGACGAUCCCGAUGACUCCUCCGAGCUGCUUUGCUUCUUCUCUUCGCUUUCCUCCUCCUCGUGUUUGGCGGCUGUUUUUCCUCUUCGGCGAAAUGGUCCUUUUGUCACGCUCCGAGUAGCAAAAGGUUGCUUGAAAAGCCUUUUCUCAAUCAUUGAGACCAGGAUAGAUGGAGGGAUACGUGUGCCUAGAAACUGCCUUUGCUAGUGAAAUGCAUCGUCUUAUUUCACUUCCAGGGUUGGAAAUGCUGUAGCGGGUACGCCCGAGGGGCACUCUGGACGUGUGGCUUCCUUGCUGCCUUUUAUCUCCCCCACCCCGCCCCUUCCCCGAGCGAUGACCUACAAUAUUUUCUACCUUGGUCCUGCUCAAGCGACCCAGAUAAAACACUUGAUCAACUGUUGCUGCAUUGAUGGAAAUGCCUAGUGGUGGGGAAAAACUUUGCUCAACUGGAGGGCAUAAGCAAAAAUUUCCAAGUGUAGAGACUUCAGAUUCUAUAAAUAAGCUGGCUUCUAUUUACAGUAUUUGUAUCCACAGGAUCCAAAUUGUGUGAGAGAGAGAGCUCUUUGAGUAGGACUUGGUUUGAAAAAAAAACUUUCUGUUAAUGAAAGGAAAUCAGGUGAGCCUGUCUUUCUGAUCAAAUUGAGUGUGUUGACUGGUAGCCAACAUUUAAUUAGGGUACUUGAAGAGUGGCUUGGCAAUGACCAUAGCCUGUUUAUAUUGAGGAGAACGUAGAUUCUUAUCUUGAUUACACAUGGGAGCUUUCCUGCAAGUUUCCUUAAAUGCCCAGCUUUUGAUAGUUUUACAUAGCUGCGAUUCUGUGACUGCUGCUGAUUUCCUUAACAUUUUCAGUUGAAAAUAUAGACUAGCAAGAGGGUAAACUUAAACCAUGGAGGGAAAAAAGAGUGUUGCUCUUGAUGAAAACUGCCAGUUUGUUAAAAGAGCGAUCACAUGGGAAAUCUCUGAUUCUGAGGAAGGCAGUGAUGUUGAACCAGAAUCCUCAACUGUUUUUGCUAAUUAUUCAGAUGUUGACAAGGAGGGCUGCUCAGACAAACAAAAAUUAGAGCCCUGCCCAGUGGCACUGAUGGAGGCAAAAGCAGUACCUUUGCUUACACCGUUGACACAAAUAGUAUCCUGUAAUUCAACGCCAGAGAGAAAGAAGAAAAAGCAGUCGCUGGAAAAAAGCAAGAUGGCCCAGAUAAAAACAGAAGAAAAACAGAAGAGCUUGCACAAAAAAGAAGAGAAAAUGAGGAUAAAACAGCAGAUUGCAGCUGAGAAACAGAGACAAAAGGAAGCAGCAUCUGCCUUAAAAUUCCUUCGGCCUGAUCAGUGCAUGAAGCAAAUGAUUGUCUGUGUGGAUUCAGGUCUUCUAGAGCACCUUGGUUCUGAUAACUUGCUGGAAGUUUUGGACUCUUUGGACUGUAAAUACUAUAUUGAAAGUCAGAGAAUUCCACAUAGCAUAACCUGGAAGAGAAAAAUAUUCAGCAGGACGCCUAAUUCAGAUGGUUGUCAAGAAGAGACUGCAGUGGAAAAGGAGGUCCUGUUAGUGAUGCAGCCUUCAUAUUUCCUCAGACAACUGUCAUCAUCGGUGCAGAAUGCAAAUCCUGAUAGCCAGCAGAGUGCUCCAGAUCUUACUCAUCUGUGUCCCUUUCACAAUUUGGAAGAUCCUUCUAUAGUAUCUUACAGCGUGGUUGUCAUCGGACUAGACACCUACCAAUGGUAUAACCAGAAUCGUCAGCUUCCGCAAGAACUGAUCACUGGACUGGAGAAUGCAACAUUGCAACUUGGUCCAGAACAGUCCAUGACACGGCAUCAAAUUGAGGAGGCUCUGGUGGUGUUGCAACUCCGGGGUAACAUACACGUCUUAUUCCUGGAAACAUGGCAGGAAUUGGCCCAGCAUGUUUCUGCAGUGACCAGAGCUGUAGCACAGCGUCCCUAUAAGAAACAUCAGGAAAAGCAGCUUUUCUCCUUCUGCGCCAAAGGCAAGUGGGCUAGUGGUGUGCAUAUUAGCAAGGGCGGGAAAGGGCUCCAGGAGACCUGGCUGAAACAGAUCCAGCAGUUCAAUCGAGUCAGUCCAGCCAUGGCAGCAGCCAUUGCCCAAGCCUUCCCUUCGCCAAGUCUGCUGCUACAGGUCAGUUCGUUCCACCAGUCGCUUUGUCUUGGCGGUAGAGAGGGGAAAUCAAGGGAGGCGAUUCUCAAGAAUAGGGGCCAGGUUUCUGUUGUCUCAGCGUAGGGUUAAGUAGACUGCAAGCAAAAGGCACGGAGACAUCAGCGAAGAGGAAAAUCAUACUGGUGGGACGUUUACUCAGAUGUUGCAGUCGAGAAUUACUAUGGAGGCUGGAUAAGGGACUCCUAAUAACCUUCAUUCCAUUCUCCCUCCAUAUUUCUCUGAUUAUUCCAAGCCUGUUGAGUUCUCCUGGGUGAAGAAGCAUUUCUGGGCUAGGGUUUUUUUUUCCCCCCUGCCUCUAAAUCAGUGGUUCUCAACCUUUUUAAUGCCACGACCCCCAACCGGUCAUAAGUCGAGGACUACACAACCGGUCGUAAGUCGAG